CCGAACAGAGAAUCCCUCAGCUCCAGCCGCCGAAGUGAACACAAGACAAAACACUCUCUCUCUCUCUCUCUCUCUCUCUCUCUCUCAUAAGUAGUAGUAUAUUAUUACAUACACACACGUACACAUCCGCCCUGCCCGUAAGAAUAAGAACUGAAGCAGAGCGAUGCCGAAGAGAAAGAAGCUGAAGCCGAGUCAGAGCUUCACCUUCUUCUCGUAAUUUAUGGCCACUUCUCAGCAUCGCUGCGUUUUUGUUGGAAACAUACCCUAUGAUGCCACUGAGGAGCAGCUUAUACAAAUCUGCGAGGAGGUUGGGCCUGUUGUGUCCUUCAGAUUAGUUAUUGAUAGAGAAACAGGGAAACCGAAAGGCUAUGGGUUCUGUGAAUAUAAAGAUGAAGAGACAGCUUUAAGUGCUCGCCGUAAUCUUCAGGGGUAUGAGAUCAAUGGUCGGCAAUUGAGAGUUGAUUUUGCCGAAAAUGAUAAAAAUACUGAUAAAAGUCGGGAACAGGGUCGUGGUGGACCUGGUAUGGUUGCAAAUGUUGGGCCUCAAAAGCAAUUUGGUGGUCCGGCGAUUGGCGCGGAUUCUGCUUUCCAACAGCCAAUUGGUCUCCAAGUAGCAAUGGCUGCUGCAACUUUUAUGGCGGGAGUGCUUGGGGGUGCUCAGGCUAGUAGGGAGUUAAAUCUAAAUGGUUUGCAAGGUCAGGCAGCAUCAUAUAGUGAUCCUUUAACCCUUCAUCUUGCCAAAAUGUCACGGAACCAGCUAAAUGAGGUCAUGUCUGAGCUUAAGGUAAUGGCUACGCAAAGCAAGGAACAAGCCCAUCAACUAUUGCUUGCGAGCCCAAUUUUGCCAAAAGCUCUUUUCCAGGCACAGAUAAUGCUCGGAAUGGUUACCUCGCAAAUGUUGCAGAUGCCAAAUAUCCGGCAGGCUUCAGGUCCACUUGCUCAGCCUUUAUCUCAAGGUGGCCCUCAUGGUCAGCAACCAGUGGUUCCUAUGCAGAAUAAGAUGCAGUUUGGCUUGAUUCCUCGAGAACAAGAGUCUCAAGUGUCUUCCCUGCAUCCAAAUUCUUUGGCUCGCAACCAGUAUUCUUCUGUCCCACAACUUCCUACACAGCCUCGAGUUCAGCUUCCACAGCCAGUCCAGAGCCAAGUUGUGGAGCAAAGCACAUUGCCCAACUACUCCGGAAUUUCAAUAAUUCCAUCCGUACGCCCACCGCCUGUGGGAAGUGUGUCUUUUAGACCACAAAUUCCGGAGGUGACUUCAUUUUAUGAGAAGCAACAGACAAAACCACCUUUGUUACAACAUGGAGGAGAGGGCAGAGGUACUAAUUCAGGGCAUACAAGUCAUCCGAUUGCUCCAAAUGCAACCUUUCAGACUUCCCUUUUAACACAUCCUCUGUUACCAAAUCAGAAUUUCCAGCCUGGCACCUCUGCAUCUUCGAGCAUUCCUGAGAAGGCAAACAUAUUCAACACUUCAGAUCAGAUGAGUCGACCUUCAAAGCUGAUGAAAUUAGAUGUAGGAAGAAGUACCUUGGCGGUUGGUGCAAAUGUGACACCAUCUUUAUCUGGACCAUCCGGAGAUUCUGGUGCUAACUUGUACGAAAAUCAAAUCCCUAAAGCAGAAGCAGCUCCAAAUUCUCAGAAGAAAGUUAAUCAGUUGUUUUUUCCUCUUCUACAGUUGCAGCUUCCUCCUGAGGUGGAGUCCACCUUGUUGCAGCAAGUGCUGAAUCUCACACCGGAGCAGUUGAGUUCACUGCCUCCAGAUCAGCAGCAACAAGUCAUUCAACUCCAGCAGAUGCUCCGGUGAACUCAGUUUGAACCAAUCUAUUUGGUAAGGUGAUAUGUGCAAUGGCUCCCAUUGAAGCCAAUAUAAUCAACCCAGGCUAAUUUAUUCUUCUGCUGAAGUUCACGGGAUGGAAUUUCAAAUAGUUGUAAAAUUAUUUGUCACAGAAGAUGAAGUUGAGGAUCCUAGAUGCAGUAUACCCCUUCUUACAAGGUUCGCUUACGUCCUUGAAGCAAUAACCAUCUUUCAGCUAACCUAGCCUUCUCCGUCCCUUGGGGACCAACAAGGGGUAGUACAGGAAUAUUCACCUGGUGUCCAUCUAGGAACUAUUUACAUUCAUGUAACGGUUAGGAGCAUGUGGUUAGCAAAUGCGAAAGCAAUGGUAAGAGAGAAUUUUUUUUCUUCUUGUUUUUCCUCCUUUGUAAUACGGAAUAAUUGCUCCAUUUCUACAGCUGCUUCUUUUUGCUAGGGCUAUUUUUCGUUAUUCGACACCAAGUUCUAUGGUUCUUUGCAAUAAGUUGUUAUCACCAAAGACCAAAAUUUUACGUUUUUCCGCGUUGGAUUUGUAAACUAUACCCGUGGUUUCCCUAUUUGUUAGGAUAGGGAACCUUCGAUGGUAGCAUGUACAUUGCUUUGGAAUGACUGUAAUCUUGAGUUGGAAUGAGAAUCUCAGUAUUGCUAAA